CGAGUUGAAGGUUAAGCGAUCGUACCUCUCUUAAAAAUAGCUUCUGUAAGAAAUGUCUUUUACUGCGACGAUGGGAAAGACACGGUUUCUGACCCACUAUAACGUAUUCCGAUCUUUCCGAGGUAAUAUCAGAGAACCAUUCAUUGCAACAAUCUGAGGUAGUGUCGGAAGACGAUGCGUCCGCCAUUUUUAAAUAACCCUACUGAAAGAUACAGGAUACAGCGUGAGGUGAGAGUGAGGAGGAGGAAGAGCGUCCAGGAGAUCGGGAGAAUACAAUUUAUACUGUUGUACAAUUCGCCGAGGUUUGCCACAUGAGCGCAUCAGUCGAAUUGUUUUCACACCUUCCUAUUAGCGACCGUACAAUUGUACAAUUUACAUCAGAAUUUCUGAUUGUUUCGCGAACUACGGAAGAAUUAUCGAAGAACAUUCACUGCAUUCGAAGGAACGAGACAUAAGAAUUACAUACACAGUAUUUAGCUUUGUGUCGAAUUCAUGUUGGUCAAUAAAAAAUACAAAAUCCUUCUAACCCCGAAGGGUUAAAGAACUUUGGCUGUCGUUCAUUCACUACGCGGCCGGUCAACAGGAAAAUUCUCUUGAGAAUUUAAACGAAACCUUAUGUUUGAACUCGGAAUAGUCGAAGUGACAUAUCGACCUUUAAGCAGCAUUAUCGCUAGGAGUUCGUAGUACUAGGAACAUGAAUAUCACGCUGGACGAUAGAUUGAACGUACUGCAACAAAUCAGUCAACAAAGGCUUAUCGAGAUGUUGGAUGCGAUUCCUGGAAUGAAAGAUUUAGUGAUAGAACAGAAACUCAUGAAAACUUUGGACAAUUUUGUUGGAGUUUCUGUAUUCAAAUGCUACGGAGUGGAUAAAAUAUAUAAAAUGGAACAACUAGAUGGUUUUAAGCUUUCAAACUCUCAACACGUCUUCUUGGUCUCGAGCGAUUUAAUCUCUUGUAAAAAAGUAUUGGAUCAAAUUCAGUCAGAAAUUUUACCAAACGUUAAGCAGCAUAUACAACCGUGUCAUCAUAUUCUGGUCACUCCAUUUGUGCCAGCAGUACUUCACUCAAUUAUCGAAGAAGAGGGAUUAUCCGAACUAGUGACCGUACAAUCGUUGUCCUGGGAAUUCAUAAGAUUAGAUGGCAAUGUUCUAUCAUUAGAAACUCCUAUGUUUGCUGAUCUUUAUUAUCACGAAGAUACCACUUUGCUACCGGCAUUGGCACGUAGCCUAUGGUCUCUACUGCUCAUACUUGGUUCUCCCAAACUCACGCUUUCGUUUGGCAAACACAGCGAACAAAUGCUAACGAUUAUAGAUUCUAUGAAACAAUGUUUAGGUUCGUCGAACGCAGAGAAUGAAGUUGGAGCUUUGAUUUUGAUGGACAGAAAUUACGAUUUAGUCACGCCGCUUCUAACACCAGUAACAUACGCAGGCUUAUUGUGCGAGGUCGUCAAAAUAAACGCCGGCGUAGGAAUCUUGGGCAAUUCUCAAACAAAAUUGGAUCCGAGCAAAGACCAGAUUUACGGAGAAGUAAGGGACAAACUAUGCAGCGAUGUUUUCCCCAUCUUACAUGGAAAAGCUAAAUCUCUAAAAUCUGAACAAGACGCCAUAAAAACAAUGAAGCUGUCUGAAAUGGAGCGAUAUGUAGCAAUAAGAUUACAGAAGACUAAGGACAUGACACGGCAAUUAGCUUUCCACAUUUCUGCCUGCCAACUUAUUGCGGACACACUAGGAUCAGACUUUCAGACUAUUCAAAGAACAGAAAAGUCCAUAAUCGAAUGCAAAGAUAGAAAAGAAUGUUUAAGUUACAUUGAAAGAUAUAUCGAUGAUCAUCCGCUAAGAACUUUACGUUUGCUCUGUUUGUUAUCUAUCGCGAGCGACGGUGUCACGCAAAACGAGCUAUUAUCCGUCCAAAAGCUGCAUCUUCACGCUCACGGUUACAAGCACAUUCCGUUAUUUUAUAAAUUGCAAAGCGUGGGUUUACUCAGAUGCAGACCGGAGAAUCUCCUGCAUAAAUUACCAAAUUGGACCAGCGAAUGGAACAAUGGUGCUCAGAGGAUGAAGCUUUUGCCAAGUUAUUUUAAGCAAAUAGAAAAGAAAGGACGUACAUGUCCUAGUUACGUGUUCAAUAACACUUAUAUCCCCGUGAUUGCCCAAGCAUUGAACGUUGUUGUAAAUCAGGAAAGCGAUCGUCGGAAUCUUGAUGAAUUAUCUAGUUUACCGGAUUGCGUUGUAAGCGGACAAUAUAGUACAUUACACCCGAAAACAGUGAUAAUUUGCGUCAUAGGUGGUAUUACAUACGCCGAAAUUGCUGCUUGCAGACACAUAGAAAAAUCCUCAGGAAUCCGACUUGUUCUUACAUCCGAUAGCAUUAUAACGGGCAAUAACAUCCUCGAAAAGGUACAAGAGAUAUGAGAAUAACACUUAACCAACAAUAAAAGGAAAAAGAGUUUCUCUCUCUCUCUCUCUCUCUCUCUCUCCACACACACACACACGCGCGCGCGCGCGCGCGCGCGUAUAUACAGAAUCUCUUAGAUUGAAAUGGUCAAGCUAGUUGAGACACUUUGUAUAAUUGAUAUUUUUUAUUCUUGUACUGUAAAUGGAUUGUUUUAUGUAGUUGUAAAUAUUGUGUAGAUAAUAAAAUAAUGUACUGUAGUUUAUA